GAACACCUGCACUUAUAACCGGUGAACGAGGAAUUUGAUACCCCUAGAAAAACUGUCGCAUAUAGUCAUAGUUAUCAAGGGCUGAUCCUCUCCCAGGGGGACCCUCCCCUCCAUGGUUAUUGUGACGAAUUGUUAGGGCUGCUUGCCCAAGGCUUUUUUUAUAUGAAAUAGAUCGGGUUUUUUAUGGUAUAAAAGGACAUGAUGACUUGCAGUAACGGUUCACGAUAGGUCAUAGGUCAAUAAGUAGGACCGAGGGCUGAGACAGAAUUCGAGGUCGUGAAACAACCGACUUAUAUAUCGACAUAUUUUAGAUUCGUGAAUUAACCGACUCCUAUAUAUUCCUGGUAAGGGUCGUUUUGCAGAUUACAUGUACAUGUACGAAUGCAUUAAUACUGCAUAGGUUGUAGCUCCUUCGUUUUGCACAAUAAAAACCAUACAUAUUGUCACAAGAUUAUUCGUCUCAUAUUCGUUGAAUACUUAUAUUAGUAUGUGUGAAGUGUGUGCGUUUAAACAGUACAAGUUGGAUAACUGAGUGUCCGGACUAAGUGUCAACACGUGUAGUUCUAUUGAUGACUGCAACAAUAGUACCAUCCAUUCAUACAAAGGACAUCCUUUAUGUACCUCCUACUGUCAUCAUAUAUUGUUUACAUGCUUGCUUAUGAUGUGCGCGUCUCAUAACACGUGUUUGCGUUAUCCUGAAUUGUAUGUGAAAGUGAUACGUCAUAUACAAUGUACAUUUUGAAUCUUUAAUAUUUUUGUGAUAUGGAUGUGGUCAGUAAUUCGUCAUAUUUUGCGCCUGAUAGAAGGUAGUAAAGAGGAGCUGAAACCUUUGUUCAAACUUUAAAAAGGUGGUUUGGAGGGGAUAAUGUUGUUGUUGUCCUCAGCAAGACAGAAGAAUCUAGAAUCUAUAAUUAUAUUUCAUUUUAUAAUCAAUAAAUUACUAAUAUGAUCACAAAAAAUAUUGACUUUCCUUGUGACGGGGUGAGGUAAUAUGUUUGCAAUACACAUAGUAACUUGAAAACAUUCCGCACCCAGUCAAGCUUGAUGCCAGUCAGGAGUUGCCUCCCUUCAUGCACAUUGUCAUUGACCUGUGACGCAUAGACAAGGAAGACGUAUCGCCGGCUCGUCAAGAAUGGAGAGUUUUCUUGAGACGUUUAGAAACCUCGACACAUCACAGACAAUUCUGUAUGGUGUCGGCGGUGCAGCAGUUACUGUCGUGUCGCUCGUCGCCAUAAGGAAACUCACGCUAAAAGAGAAGCGUGAGGACUAUCCCCGAGAUACAGUGAUCCUUCAUCAGCCUAGUAGAGGUCCCUAUGCCCCCAGCGUGAGCCCAUUUGUUGUGAAGCUGGAGACCUACCUCCGGAUGGCCAGGAUACCCUACCAGAACGUCUUUGGGAUGAAGCAUUCACCUAAGGGCAAAUUCCCCUGGAUUGAGUACAAUGGACAACCGAUAGGGGACUCUACACUGUGUAUCCAAUUCCUCAACCAGAAGCUUGGGGUAGACCUGAACAAGCAUCUGAGUCCCGCUGACAAAGGAAUAGCGCAGGCGAUGCAGGUCAUGACGGAGGAACAUCUGUGCUGGUUCCUUGCUCUCAUUCGCUGGGUGUAUAGCAGAAACGCAGAGUUUAUUUUGGAAAAGUUUAAAUUAAGGAAGUUUAUUGUGUGGAUGGUUCGACGAAAUGUUAAAAAACAAGCGUGGAAUCAGGGACUGGGUCGCCACACGGAAGAGGAGAUAGUCGAGAUGAUGAACAAGGAUAUCCAGUCUCUCUCCGACUUUAUAGCAAGGGGGAAAUGUUACACGACCAUUCCAGGAGAUAAAAUCAAGAAUGUUGAAUCAUUUAGGAACACACCAAAUAAACCCUGGGCUGUGAAUUAUGUUAACGGAAGUGUAAGUGAACACCAAAGAAAGAAGAUUCUGGCGUUUAAUAAUUUCGAAAAGUGUAUACAUUUUCAAUUAUCUAAAAAUAUUAAAAUGUCAACACAAAUAAGUCUUGGAGUUCUUUGUUGAAUGGUGUUUUGUUUG